AUGUGCGUUGAUUUGGCUUCAACUCAUCUCAAAGCGUACUUCACUCGAAUUCACUACUUUGGACGAGCUAAAAGAUUCUUGGGCAUGAGCGAAGAAUUGAAAGAGAUUGUCGCACUGCUCGGAGCGAUGCGACGAAAGAAGGGUGGAAAGGUUACAUGGAACGAUGUGCGUGAUUUUCUUGACAACGAACUGCGCGAUCGACCAUUUGAGCCUCAUGAGCUUCUUAUGAAAUUACGGUUUAUAGACGAGACAUCCUCAGACUUUUGCGCUAACCAACUGAGAGCAGAACCAUUUUUAGGGAUGUCCACAAUUCGCCAUAAUUCCUUCCAGUCUGAUUUCUUCCGCGAGUCAGAGUACAUACGUCGGGUUCAAGCGUUAAGACCGGAGCAGCCGGCUUACCUCUGA